AUGCAAUUUCUGAAAAGUAAAUUAAAAGGAGAAGCAGGGAAAAUAGUGCAACAUUUACAGAUAAGCACAGAUAACUAUCAAGUACGCUGGGCUCCUUUAAACCACCGUUCACGAAGCCUUUGCCGCAUCAACAAACGCUGCAAAUCCGAGUACGACCAAGAGAUUUUAUUGGCUACUGCUGUAAUCAACGUCCAAGCUGUCGAUGAGCAAAGUGAUCUUUGUGCAAGUGUGUCCGAUCAAGAGAAUCAAAGUGAGCCUAAUCCGUCGGUGCAUAAAAUCACUUCCCCAGUUUUAUUAAAAUGUAAUUUUAGGAAAACUUGCUAG